CCCCUCUCGGCCCUGAUUCUGUUCACCUGCAUCCCCACAGCUGUGCAUGGAUGUGACUUUGCUCAGCCUGCCUGUGGAGCUGCAGCUGAUGGAGACGUGAUCCUCGGCAUCAUGUUACCGUGUCAUCAGAAAGUGACCGCUCUUCAUGAACGGGUCAAACCUGAGCGCUUCCACUGCUCAGAUUUCGAUCUGGAGUCCUUCAUUUUGUCUCUGGCCACCAUCCAUGAAAUCGAGGAGAUAAACGCAGCUGGUUUCCUCCCAGGAGUGCGUCUUGGAUAUUUGAUGUGUGACACGUGUUCAUACGCCAGCAAAGCUCUGCAGAGCGUGGAGCACAUGCUCGCAGUCAACACCUCUCUGACUGUGAAGUGUGACUACACAAACUCCACACCGACAGUCAAAAUUAUUUUAGGAGGGUUGUACUCGGAGGUUUCCAUCGCUGUGGCCAGACUGCUGAACGUCUUCAUGGUCCCUCUCCUGAGCGGCACAUCGUCUUCACCUGAACUGAGCGAUAAGACUCGAUAUCCAGUCUUCAUGCGCACUAUUCCCAGUGACAUACAUCAGACCAAAGCUCUGGCCAAAAUGAUGCUUUACUUCGACUGGAACUGGGUCGGCGUUGUGUACGGGGACGAUGAUUACGGCAGAGCAGCUUUCCAGAGCUUCUUUUGGGACGCUGAGGAGAACGGUGUGUGUUUGGCCUUCCAGGAAGUGCUGCCUCAUUACCUGGAUCAUUCAGAGAGAGAGCACCGUAUCAGGCAGAUCGCCCUGCAGAUCCGCUCCUCCAGUGCACAGGUGGUUGUGCUCAUCCUCAGAGCAGAGUUGGUGAAUGCCAUCUUUCAGGAAAUGAUAAGGACUAACACCUCACGGACCUGGGUUGCCAGUGACUCCUGGUCCAGUAGUUGGUCUCUUGCUCAAAUGGACGGCAUCAACACAAUCGGUGACAUUCUUGGCUUCACCUUCAUUGCAGGAAAGAGUGAAUUAUUUGAUAAUUAUCUCAAGAAUCUUGCAGCAACCCCAGGAGGACACAACCUCUUCAUAGAAAAAUACAAACACAUCCGAUUCAACUGCACCCCCGAAUGUUUCUCUAACACGCCUCCGCCUUACUGCCCAUCCAAUGACCUCCUGAAGAUAAAAUCUGGUGAUGCAUGCAACAUCACACAUCCCCAAGAGCAACAUGAUGACUAUCUUGUCAAGUCUCUGGAUACAAGUAAGGCCUUCCCUCACAGAAUAGCAGUGUGGGCUGUAGCUAAUGCUCUCAAAAAGCUACUGAAGUGCAACAAUUCUUCAUGUUCGGGAGAGAUUAACUUCCCACCGUGGAAGCUUCUCCAAGAACUGAAGAACAUAGAGUUCCAACUAGAGGACCAGAUUUUCUCCUUUGAUGAAAACGGUGAUUUUGUGAAUGGUUAUGAUCUCGUAAUGUGGGAGGAGGGCAGCCAGCACAGAAGAUUAAGAAGGAUUGGGAAAUACCACAUCUCUAAUGGACAAAUAGAACUCCUCGUGAAACAUUUUAACUGGAUUUCAACAGUCAACAACACGACUCCUCGUUCCAGAUGCUCCCAGCGCUGUGCUCCUGGUUCAGUAAAGAAGAUCUUGAACGUAUCCUGCUGUUAUAACUGCACCCUGUGUGUGGAGGGGACUUACUCUGAUGACUGGGAUCUUCAUGUGUGCAAAAAGUGUCCCAAUGGAACUUGGUCUCUGAAGGGUUGGACUGAGUGCGGGCCGAGAUGGGAGUCCUUCCUGCGUUGGAGAGAUCCUCAUCCCAUCAGCAUGCUUGCGGCCGCAGUCUUUGGGAUCCUGCUCCUGUUUGUUGUCUUUGUUAUUUUCUUGGUGCACAGAGACUCCGCUCCGAUGAAAAAAGCCGAGGUGAGACUGUCCUGUGUGAUGAUGGCGGGUCUGGGGGUCAGCUUUGCAAGCGUGAUAUGCUUAAUGGGCAGGCCGAGCGUGCACCUCUGCCAGGCCCGUCAGGUGAUGUAUGCAAUGGGCUUCACCCUGUGUGUGUCCUGCAUCCUGGUCAAAGCCUACCGCACCUUCCUGGCUUUCCUUCCCUUCAGUCAGAUCACACACAGGCAGCUGCACAAACUCUACAAGCCGCCUGUGAUCAUCCUCGUCUUAACGUCUCUGCAGGGGGUCAUCUGUCUCCUCUGGCUGCUGUUUGACUCUCCUGAUAUCGAUGACACACCUCCAUCCCCACAGAGCAUGGUGAGGUUAAUCCAGUGCAGUGAAGGAGCCACAUUCAUCGGCUUUGGCGUGAUGCUAGGCUACAUCGCUCUGCUCGCGUUGGUUUGCUUCCUCCUGGCCUUCAAAGGCAGGAAAGUCCCUCAGGAGUUCAGUGAAACCGGCUACAUCAUCUUCAGCAUGCUCAUGUAUCUGUUCGUCUGGGUGUGUUUCAUCCCGGUCUACAUCACCCGCGAUGAGAAGAGGACCCCUGCGCAGGCCUCAGCCAUUCUGGUGUCGACCUAUGGCAUUAUCUUCUGCCAUUUUGUACCCAGGUGCUACAGAGCUCUUCGGGGGCCAGAGACAGAUGUGUUUGAGAGGAUUCUGAGGAGAUGUGGGCUCGCCAAAUGUCCAAACCUCGAGUCAGACACUGAGAUAAACAUAGAUAUCCAGGCACGGAACACAGCAUUUAAAAGAUACGACAGGUUUUCUGUAACAAGAGUGCUGGCAUGUGUCGACGGGAUGCGGGUGGAGCGGAGCGCAAACAGGCGCUACGAGGGAGGAGGAAGAGGGAGGAGUGGGACGGAAAAAAGUGGGAGGAAGCUCGCAGAGAUCUAUUGA